AAAGAAAGAGCAGUGCUGUGAGUGGGUACUCAGCCAGCAGGGGAGGGAGUUGGAGAGAGAGACUGUGUCCUGCUUAAUGCGUGAUCCUCUCUGUGCUGGGACAAGAGAGUGAGCAAGAGUGCGGUUACUGUCUGCCUGCCCAACCCUUUUGAUCCAGAGGGGACAGUGGUGCUCUGUGGGGAGGAAGGAGAGAUGCAACGGUGGAGUCAGAACAGGAGGAAUGAGAGGAGCCUCGUACCAGACCUGCUACUGACCAUAACUGCAGCUGAAACCAGAAGGAAAUGAGUUGCCUCCGUGCUUGCUUCAGAGACAGAGGUCCUCGCACAGAGACAGAAGCUAUGGAAAGGCAAAGCUCUGCUCAGGAGCAUGACAUUAUUGAAUUACAAGAAGAUAAUGUGGAUGAAAGUGAGGCUGAUCACGGCAAGCCUCUGAACACUCAAACAAGAAAGGAGAGAGAUCACUGGAAAUCAUGCAGGAAUGUAGUUUUCUGGAAGUGUAAACUAUGGAUGGUUAUAACUACAAUCUUUCUGGUAUUCUUCCUGGUCAUUCUCAUCAGCCUAAUUCUGUACUCUAAUGUUUACACAGAUGAGGAUGACUACUGGGAUCCUGAUGCACUACUAAAUAGUGGAUUUUGUCGCAAUUUUUCGGGAACGUUGGAGUUACUGUGUGGUCUCCCACACCUUUUCUCUGAAGACAUUACUAAGAGGUUAACAGAUGUCUACAGUUCAUCUCCAGCUCUAGGACGCUACUUUAGGUCAGCUCAGGUGCUUUAUUUCAGUAAUGAAAACUCCACUGUAUUUUAUCAGCUAGAGUUUUCUGUACCACCAUCAAUAGAGGGGUUUAUGGAAAACACAAUGAAUCCAGAUUUUAUAAGGAAUGUUUUACGUCAAAAUAUUUAUGAUGAAGAUGAUACUUUUAAUCCUGGGACAUCUGAAUGUAACAGGUUAAAGCUGGACCCAACUUCUCUCACAUUAACAUAGAAAUGAUGGAAAGACUCCUCAUCUUCCUCACUUACUAGAAGAGAUGGGCUUCUCCUAUCUAUUACUAAUCCCAGGGCAAGGAGCUGUUCAUUAGGUAGAACCACUUCUAAAUAUGUUGUCCUGUAAAUACUUUCUGUGAUGCAAUAUUGUAAAUGGAAAAUGUAGUAUAUUUAUACCAGUGUUGUACUCCUGUAACACCUCUACCUCCUUUAUUGUUGUCCUGAUGUCUCAAUAACCCAUUUCAUUCUUGUGAAAAUCAUGUAUCUUGUCUGAUACAUGCUCUGUUGACUUUGAAAGCUUUGCUUUGCCUUGCCUUAAGGAUAAAUCUGGAUUCCCUUCACAGGCUAUAAAAGCAGCUCCUUUCUUAUUUUCUUGGUUUAUCCAAAAUUAUCUGCACAGCUUCAUCCUUAAUGCUUACUUCCACCCAUGCUCAUGUCUGUUACUUUUUUCCCUGCUAACUUCAUAUGCCAUGUUUCCCUGUGGUUCUUUCCUCAUAAAACAACCCAGAAACUUAAACAUCCUCUCUAUUUUCUUUAAUAACAUGGAAGACCUUGCCACUAGCUUCUUAAGUGAACUUUCACUCUCAUCAUUCCCUUGUUUAUCCUACAGUCUUCCUGGAUAAGGUGGUAUAUGCUCUAUUUUUCUCUUCUGUAAUGUGAAAUAUCAAUGAAGGAAGAAACAUCAGGAAGAAACAUGUCUUGUUCACUAAUGCAUCUGAAUGCCACAAGAAUCUUUCAAGGGUCAAAUUGGCUGUGUGCUCUAAUAAUUAGCUACUGGUGCUAGCAAAUAGAUAGCUAUUUGACCCACAUUUAUAAAUCCAAGGAGAAACUAGUCUAUACCCUUGAUUAUAAUUCCUGUCCCAGCAGUGGGGAUAAAAAUGAACAGAUGUAAGGUAUUUGCCUUAAUAAGGCAGCAUAUAGUUGUUCUUGUUGACAAGAGAUUAGAUGAACCAAUGUCAAGAGAAAGGUGCUGAAGCAGACCAUGUUGGCCAGUGUGGCGUGAGAGUUAUAGACAGUAACUGGCUAUAACAUGAAAGAUGAAAAUUAAACAUUAACUUUACACAGAAUGAAAUGGAUUCACUACCAUGUUAGUGAGUAUAGCUUCUUGUCAUUUGUUUAUAACCAGUAUAAAUGUUAGUACUGUUGGAUAGACAGAUUUAUUUUAAGAAACCUUUUGUAUUGUGAGAAAUAUCUUAAGGGAAAUUGUAUUUCUCUUUUUCCAAUAUUGCUAUUUUAU